CCUCUUCAGUUCGUUGCUGACCAUCGUUACGUGCGGACGUGCCCAGCUCAGCUCAUCUUCGUGUGAUGUGGCUGCACUUUGCACACUAAACUCAAGACCUGAGCCCAAAACGUUUUCCAAACUGCAAAUAUAUAGCAAAAGUGCCGCGACGCGUGUGACAAACGAUAAUCCAGUAAAACGCGAAAAACAUAUAUUUACGACUGCAACGAGAGGAAUACCAGCUACAGGAAAAUAACCCAAGAAAAGCGGCUGAAAAAUCGAAAAAACCAAAAGAAAACACACAAAAGGAGGGAAAAGCGAGAAAAGCCUUCCCAGGGAGAUCCAAAGCAGCUUCUUUGGAGAUUCAGAAGCGGCAAUGACGGCGACUGCGAGGCAGUCGGCAACAUCGAGAAAGCAACCUGCGAUCGCAAUGCUCAAUGGAAACGCUUUUACGGUUAAGCGGCUCUUAGCGCUGCUGAUCAUCUUCACAGUGGUGGACGCGAGUCGAUCCCUGGAGCUGGGCGACAAGUGCCAGCAUGACAUGGACUGCACGGAUUUCAUCAAGGGCAGCAGCUGCUCCGCCCUCGGAUACUGCGAGUGCGCCCCCUACUUCGUCCAGUUGGAUUCCAAGCGCUGUUUGUCAUCCCAGCUCCUUGGCGGCGACUGCCAGCUGAGCGAGCAGUGCUCCAUGAAGGUGGCCAAUAGCAGUUGUCUGGAGGGGGCCUGCCGCUGCGUCGAGGGAUUCCUGCAGUUCCGCAAGCACACCUGUCUGGGACCUGCCCAUCCUGGUGCCGUUUGCUACAGCCACGCCCACUGUCAAAUGUUCGACACCCGCACCCACUGUGACUUCCUCAUCCCGAAUCUCUUUGGACGCUGCCAGUGCACAAGUCCAGCCAAAAUGGUGGGUGGUCUCUGUGUGGCCCCGGCGGCGGAUCAGGAGGAUCAGAAGCAGGAACAGGCCGUCGAGAAGGUAGAGCAGCCAGCUAGCAGUACCACUACCACGACGACAACAACAACCACUCCUAGGCCCACAACUAGAACCACGAGAAGAACAACGACGACAACGACGACCACCACUCCAGCCCCAACAACAACCACAAGAAGAACAACAACGACCACAACGACGACAACUCCCGCGCCCAUUCUCCUAGAAGAUGAGCUGCCCGCCAGCGUGGAGGAGCAAUCGCUGGAAGAAGACGAUGGUGAGACCACCAAGCUGAGACCCGAGGUCGUUGAGGUUGAUAAUGGUGAAAAAUUGGAGGCUGUGGACCUGGCUCAUGAGGAAACCGAACUGACACAGCAGCAAAAUCAAUUGGAUGAGCAGCAACAUCAGGAGGAGGAACAGAAACAUCAAGAGGAGGAACAACAUAGGAUUGAGCAGCAGCAGAACCAAGAGGACGAGCAGCAGCAGCAGCAGCAGCAUCAGCAGGUCAUAGCCCAGGCAAGCGACGCAGAGCUUCCUCAAUCCUCACAAGAUGCCACCACUGGAGUCCAACAGCUGCUCACACCCGCAGAUGUACCAACCGAGGAUGCCAUUAAUGCGGAGCAGGAAACUGAGGCUGGACCCACCGAAGAUUACCCCUACAAGAUCGAUGAGGAGUACACGGAGGAGCACAAUGACAAGCCAGAAGCUCCAGAACUGACAGUGGAUCAACCUGAACACGAAGAAUCCCCCGUAGCACCUGAAAUCGUGCCCAUCGAAGCGGAUGAGGAGGCUGCUGAGGCCUCGGGUGGUCAAGAGAUUGCCUCAUCGCCCAUCGACGAUACCAUGAAAUUCGAUUAUGAAACCUCAGUGGAUGAAGUUGAGCCAGCCAAGCCAGAAGAUGAGAGGGAGACGGAGGCAGUACACCAGGCGACUAAUGAGGGGGUGGUGCCCAUCGAUACCGAGAGCGAGACUGAUGCAGAGUCUAGCACCGAGCCCCAGAUCCAGACGCAGCUGCUGCUGGAGGAUGGAGAGCCAGAGACAUCGCAGACUGUGGCCGAUGAAGAACUGAUCCCGGUUAAUGAAGCUGAAAUCGAAAGUGUGUCGAAGACAGCCGACGAGGCCGAGGAGAUACCGGAGGAGGAAACACCUGAGGAUCUGGCUUCUGGAGAUCAUGAGCUGGAUGUUGCUGUAGCCAGCCACGACGAUGAGGUGGAGCCGCCCAAGCAGGAGGAGCCAACAGAAGCAUUGAAGAUCGAACAGCCAGCCCAGGUGGAGAGUGAAAGCCAAAACGUCGACGAAGUGGGAAAACCAGAGGAGCCACAGACCGAAAUGGAAAUAGAAAAAGAAAAAGAAGAAACGCCAGCGACCGAAGCCGCAGAAGUGGAGCUGCCGGCCACAGAAGCCAAACCAGAUAUGGAAUCCGAGAUCGAUCAGGUGGAACAAAGCGCCGACAUCAAGCCGACAAGUGGCGAAGAUGAUUUAAAUGAAGCCAAUCAAUUAAAUCAAGACCAAGUCACCGAGCAAGCCGCUCUCGAGCUGGAGGAGAUCGAAGAAAAAGAGCCCGAGCAGGUGGUGGAUAUGCAUCAAGAUGCAGAUGAAGCCACAACGGAGAAACCAGUCCAAGAUCACGACCAGGAGGAGGUGGAGGCAAUCACCGAAUCGGAGCACGGACAAUUGACAUACCCAACAAAUGAUGAUGAAUUGGCGCCAGUGGAAAUAGAACCAGAGCUGACCACAGAGGAACCAGAAAUCGCUGAGAAUACCACCGAGCUGACCGAGCAACAGCAGCAGCAGCAGGAUGAGGAGGAGAUUGCAGAGGCGGCACUCGCACAUGAGGAGCAGUUGCAGCAGGUGGAGCCCGAGGAAAAUGCAAAUGCAAUUAAGACGCCCGAAGUGUCGGAAGCAAUUGCAGAGCCCCAGGCGGAUCUAGAAACCCCGUCAGCCACCGAGAAGGAGAUCGAACCACAGACCGCGGACCACGUCGAGGAGGAGCCAGUGGCGAUAACCGAGCGCAUUCCAGAGGCAGAGCCAGAGCCAGAAAUUGAGCCCACUAAUGACGAGGUGUCGCAGGUUGAUGCGGACCAGGCCGAGCUAGAGCUGCCAAUUAAGAGCGAUGCCGACAUCUCGGAGGAAGCCGCCGAGGAACCUGCUCAGACGGAGGUUGCUCCCGAAGUGGAAGCGGAAACCGAGGCCAGUGAAAGUGCUCAGACAUCUCCAGAGAUUAGCGUAGAGCAAGACGAAGUUGCGAUCGAUAAAAACGAGAAUGACAACAAUAUCCAGGGAGCCGAACCCAAUGAAGAGGAGGAACUAAUCCCGGAACCACAACCUAUGCCUGAAGAGGAGGAAUUGCCAGUGCAAGAGGAAGCCUCACCUGUUCCGGAGGAACAGGAUUUGGCCAAGCCAGAAAUGGACUAUACCAGCGUGGAGCAUCUACAGGAACUUUCCCAGCCAGAAGAAACCACUGCUGCUAUUGAAGCGGAAGAAUCUGACUCUCGCGAGUCCACUUUGGCUCCAGAGGCUGCAGAUGCACCUAUAGCCAUUGUGAGCGAGGAACGCGAUCCCGAACAUGAUCCUCAGAACUUCCAUGAGAGCGAGAGCAUUGCUGAUAUCCUCAGCGACUUGAUGUUGGAGGGUGACAGCACUGUGCCCCCUGUUCCAUUUGGUCAGCAGCCCGCCCAAACGGUUCCCAUGGUGGAGGCCAACUCGGAGAACGAGGAGGAACAAGCACAUGAAGCCAUUUCGGAUCUCCAGGCUGAAGCCGAUGAGACCCAGGAUCAUGCCGAGCAAGUGCAACCGGUUAACGAGCCAGGAACUGCUAUUCCCGAACUGUUUGCAGAGGCAGCUAAGGAUGAAGAAGAUGUCCCAGCUCUCCCAGAAUCUGAUGAAGCGAAAACCGAACAACCAAGCGCCAUAGAGGAGGAGCAGCCCAUCCCCAGUGAAGGGGAGCAAACGCCCGUGGAAGAGGCGCACCAGGAUGAUGAAGAGGAGCACCAGCAGGAUCAAGAGGAACAUCAGCUGGAUGAGGAGGAGCCCCUUAAGGAAGUAGAAACGGAAUCCCUGCCAGAAGAAGCCACCACAGAAAAGUUCCAGGAGCCCGAGCCCGAAGAAGGUAACACUCCGUUGCCCGAGGAACUGCCCUUCGAUCUUACAGAUCACUCCGAUGUGAGCCGCUUCAAUGAGCUGCAAUCCGAAAGUCUAAUUCUGGAAUCCACCACCAACAUCGAUGGUCUGCAGGAGCUGGACAACAACCAUAUUGAGGAAGAGGAGCCAGCAGCUCAUGCCAUUCCACAUGAGGAGGCCACACCCAAUCCCGCUGACAUUGUGGAGAUCACCACCCAGACCAUGUUGGGCCUGGCCAGUCGUGUGACCCUUAUGGAGCCCGCUGCUCCUGUCGUGACCACGCUAAUGCCCCUGAUGACCGCCGAUGAACCCACGCCGGAACCCGUUUCUCCAGCAGCCAUUCCUUCCGCCUCUCUGGCUGCCAUCAAACCUGGUUCAGAGUUGCGCAAGCGCGUGGAUUUGGGCCUCGAAGCAGUUUCCCUGGGAUUGGCCUGCAGCAGCGAUCGUCAGUGCCAGUUGGCUGAUCCCCACACCGUGUGCAAUAGACGAGGAGUCUGCGAUUGCGCUGCCGGAGAAGAGGGAUCGCAGUGCAGCGCCGAGAGAACCGGAUGCAGUCCGGGAACCUUCCAGUGCCGCUCGAGUGGCGUGUGCAUCUCAUGGUUCUUUGUGUGCGACGGUCGCGCCGACUGCAAUGACGCCUCCGACGAGGAGUGCACCCACAACGCCCGCCUCAACCAGACCUGCCCCACGGAAUCCUUCCGCUGCCAGCGAAGUGGCCGCUGCAUCUCGCGCGCUGCGCUGUGCGACGGACGACGGCAGUGUCCACAUGGCGAGGACGAGCUGGGCUGCGACGGCAGCGUGAAGGGCGGCAACGCCUGUCCGGAGCACACCUUCCGCUGCGGCAGCGGCGAGUGCCUGCCGGAGUACGAAUACUGCAACGCGAUCGUGUCCUGCAAGGACGGCAGCGAUGAGCCGCCGCAUCUGUGUGGAUCCCGCGCCCUCCCCAACCUCUUCAUGCGCCUCAUCGAGGCGGGCGGCCUGCUCGGCGGUGGUCGGCGGGAGGCGGACGCCUACUGCCCGCACCGCUGCAGCAACGGACUGUGCCGCUCCACGGCCAUCGUCUGCUCCGGACGGGAUGGCUGCGGCGAUGGCACCGACGAACAAACCUGCGCCGUGUGCCGCUGUCCCGCCCCGACUGCUGCUAGCCUGCCCGCAUUCUUGGCCCGGCAACGCCCCAUGCCGCUGUGGUAGGCGACUGCGCCACCUGCACCACCUGCACCACCCACAACAUAUGCACUCCAACCACUUGCUGUCAUCAUAUUUAAUCAACUGGUUGAUUGACCCGCUUCUGUCUUCCGAAACUUUUAACUCUAUCGCUUUACCCAACCCAAUAUUCGAAAAGAUUUUUGCCUAGCAUUUAAGUGGAUAUUUACAAAUUAUUUAUUUAUUUAUUAUGACCUUAGCUGCGCCCUUGCCACGCCCAAUUGCCACCUUGCUAUCAAAGGGGGUUUCCCAGAUCCCCUUUGAGCCAGUGAUGUUUGUCAAUUGAGCCACAGGGCACAACCCCAAUCCACAUAUGACACCACACGCCACAAAGGACACACCACCACCACCACCACCCCACCCACACUUCGCCCCCAUUUCGACUAUUUAUUCUACUCAUCUAAACCAUCAAAACUAUUUAUUUAUACCCCCCAAAAGAAACACACACCUCACCCACAAACAGACACUGAAAUGGAUUCUUCAUUUAGCUUAGUUUUAUGCAAUUUUCUAAUUUAUUUAAAUUAUUGGCCAGGCAAACCAGUAACCGAAAAAAAAAACAAAACAAAAACGAAAACCAUGAAAUGAUGCAUUUUUAUCGAUUAAUAUUUUGUAAAUAAGAGUAAACGUGUUCGAUGUACAUGAUAAACGACAAUGCCUAUAAAGAAAUGAAACAUCGGGUAUCCAACAUAAACAAUCCGAUUAUAUCCCCUAUAUAGUUUAUUAUAUGUACGUGCGUGUGAGAGAACACUCACACACUUUUCUCACAGUCAAGACGCAUCACAGUAAAACUAAAAAAAAAUUAAACAAUAAUAAAAAAA